UAUUUGUCGUUAUUUUUGGAAAAAAGAUUCUACAAAUCUUCAAAAGUCUUUAUUUGUAUAAACAUAAAAUUGAUGAGCAAAUUAUUACAACAUUAUAUGGCGCAUAAAAGUCAAAAUUUUAAGUUUACCUGCAAACAGAGUGUAAAUAAGCCACCAACACCAACAUUGGGUAAAACACAAAAAUUUCGUACAUAUUGUGAUGAGAACAAGGAAAACUCACUACCAAGUGAAAUGCCACCUUCUCCUACCAAUAGCUUCCAAAAGUUUAAACAAUACACAUAUUCCGAUGAUAAUUUUGAAAAAUUAGAUGAGGAAACUCCCCACCAUCUUUUGGAAAGUGCUGAUAAUAAUUUUAAAACUAAUCAAAGGACCAAAAGACAUGAAAUGAGUGCGAAAUUAAAGGAGGAAUUGUCAAAGUACAGGAAUGAGCUAAGAGAAUAUACGAAUAGUACAAAAGAUUUGCAAGAAAAGUACAUGAAAAUAAAUUCGGAAUUGAAUGAAAUGAAACUGAAACAUAAUAGCCUGCUUAACAACCGCAACUUGCCUUGUGGUGAUUUCGAUACCUAUUCAGAUAGCAGUUUUACCGGUACCGAAUAUUCACUUCAACGAAAAUAUACCGAAAUAUUUCACCACAGCAAUAGCUUUAUUCACAUGUUAUCAAAUGAACAACCCCUCAAAGAAAUUAAAUAUAAAUUGAAGAACUUACCAAGCGAUAAUUAUCACAAAGGGGAAACUAUAGAACGCAGAGUUCAUCAGCAAUCAGAUAACAAAGAGAAUGUAAAUCCAGUUCACACUAACGAUAAUAGUCUGCAAAAUGUGUAUUUGGCCCUUAAAACUGUAAUCGAUGACCAAUCGAAAUCACAGCCAGGUGCUGAUGUUUUUAAGCUUAAAAACACUAUUGCUAAGCUACAAAACGACAGCGAACGUUUCUCUUCAAUUAUAGAAGACCAACAAAAUACCUUAAGCGACUAUCGUAAGCGUUUUGUCAAAGCCCAGCAACUCAUGCAAGAGCAGCAAUUGGAAAUUGAGAAAUUAAACUGUAACAACCAACAGCUGGAAACAGAUGCUUCAGUUAUUAUUGAUCAGUUGCGACAUAGAAUCGACACGAAACUAAGAGAUGUGGAUCUACUAUCUGAUAUGAUGAGGGAGGAACAGCUUAAAAGAGAACGUGUCGCCAAGGAAAAUUGCAUUCUCAACAAACGCUUAGAAGCCAUACAAGCCGAAGCAAAUCAAUUGAAAAUAAAAUUAGAGGAAAUGAGCCGUCGUAAAAUGACAACAAUUUCACGCUUAAAGGUGGCCGAACGGGAUUUAAAAAUAUUCAAAAACUAUAAUGCAGACCUUAAGCAAGAAAAACGAAAAUUAAACGAACAACUGAAAAGCAUGGGUGAACAAAUUGGUAAUAUGCAAAAUGCUAACAAACGUACAAUGAACCGUCAACGCGAGCAAAAUGAAAAACAGCGAAGAGAACUGCAAAAGAGAAUUUUCGAACUUGAAAUGAAACUUAAUCGCAAUCAGAAUUCGACCACAAGUUUGAUUAAAGAACGAGAUAGUCUUAUAGCGGAAUUGCAAAGCCAACUCAAUAGUUUGGUGCACAAUUUUGAGGUUUCCCAAAAGCAUAUACGAGUUCUAAGAAAACACAUUUAUACAAUGUGUGGCAAUAACAAUAGUCGUCAAGCCAUCAUACGUAAUCGUGGUAUGGGAGAAACUGUUUGAUUCAAUUUCUUGCAGGUUUUUGCAAUUUUCUGAUGUCUAGUUUUAGAGAAACUAGUGAAUGUUUCCUUAAGGGUCGCAAGCAAUAAUUUUCUUUGUAAUAGACAAUUUAAAUGUGUUAUUCUAAAGAUUUUGAAGUUGUAGUUACGUUUAUUUUGCAUUAAGCAAAAGUAUUUUUACAGCCCAAUUAUGAAUAAAAAAUUCCCCGGAAGUUUUUUCCCAUCGAAUUUGAAUAGGAAAAAUG